CACGUGUUGUCUUAAGCCCACCGGUGACAGUUCAAGGUGGCUGCAGCAUCACGGCUGUUACACAUCGCUCGACUCUAGACAGCCAGGGAAAGUUCAGCGGUAUUCGGUAGAGUAAUGUCACACUGACCCGCCUGUGCCGUGAGGCUAUAAUCGAUAACAUUCCCAUUGCAGGGAUCUGUAAACUUGGGCCAAAUGCUUCCCGACAUUGAAGUCGAGUGAAAGAUCGAAUCUGUGGUACACGUCGCACGUACACGUAUGAUGACGUCCCUGCUUUCACACUGACGCAGACACUUUCACGCGGUCGUUAAGACGGGACAGAGAGGAGAGAUUCAAUGAAGCCGGAGACGUGAGCAGCGAUGACUGUGAGGCAGUCUCUUGGCGUCCUCCUGCUGUGGACGACCUUCUGUUUCUGGUCUGCAGGAACCCACGCAGGAAGCCACAUACAGGACAGCUCCUGUGGGGCUGAGAAUGACAACCCACAGGAUUGGGGCAACUCCAAGAUCAAAGAUCAUCAAACUGAUCAAUGUUUGCACCGAGAAUCUAGAACUGAGCAGCUUACAAGACUUGAUCCAGUGAAGGUCGGCCAUGUUGAAUUGCUGAAUCUGAUGGAGGGCAAGGUUCAUGAAAGGAUCACCCUGGCUUUGAAUCCUCCAGUGUUUGAAAUCCGGGACUUCCUGAGCUCCUCGGAGUGCAGCUAUAUCCGACAAAUAGCCAUGAAGAAUGGCCUCAAGACUAGUGGCCUCUUCACCUCUGCUGGACAAAACACGCCCGAGUCACACACCUCUGCCCGAGAUCUGCGUGAUUUUGCUCGAGUUAGUAUGCAGACAUACGUACAUCUUGAUCACGAUCCAAUCUUGAAGGGAAUCAGAGAGAGACUGUCAGCAGUCACACGACUUUCUCUUCACUUUUUUGAUGACAGCGAAGGGUUACAGGUGGUGAGGUACGGGGUGGGGGGGCACUACCACGCCCACAUGGACUCGGGGCCGGAAAUGGCGCAUGGACUCCCGUGCUGUCACCAGAGUCGAGACUGCCACCCUGCCACUUCCCGGUGCUGCCAGCUGUGUCGGUAUGUGACGGUGUUGUUGUACUUGAACCAAGUGGAGGAGGGGGGAGAGACAGCCUUCCCUAUUGCAGACCAGGACACCGAAGCUUUAAGUAAUUUAAUGUCCAAACGUGAAAACUUUAACCUGAGUCACAACUGCCAUAAUUCCUCAGUUGUCAUCAAGCCACAAGAAGGGAUGGCCGUCAUGUGGUACAACAACCACUUGGACACAGAGACUGGAUGGAUUGGUGACCUUGACCCCUUCUCGUAUCAUGGAGGAUGUGACGUAUUACGGGGGGAAAAGUGGAUUGCCAACUGUUGGGUGUCAGCAAGUACGUUCUCUGACAAGCACAAACCAAGCAUCUAUGCCAGUCGCUGGAACUGAAGUCGAGUAUUUCAGAUCCGUUUUCACACCAGUAAUAUUUCCAUUUAUGUUUUGUUUUUGUUGUCAUUACAAAAGGAUUAUCUUGAAGAAUCAUGUUUUGUAAAGUGCCAAAGUAUUAUGACAUGAUGGUAGUGUAUUGUUAACUUCUAUGAUCUAGUCAUGCGAGUAAUGUAUCAGAAUGAGGUGUCCUUGGCCCCGUUCCACAAAGCGAUCAUAGUGCUACAAUUGUCGUAAGUAGAGUGUCCACGUAUGGGAGUUACGAUCACCUCAGCGCUGCAACUGUUGUAAGUAGAGUAUUCAAGUAUGGAAGUUUAAUCACCUUAAUGCUACAACUUUCGUAAUUAGAAUGUUUAAGUAUGGAAGUUACGAUCACCUUAAUGCUACGACUUCCAUAAUUAGAAUGUUUAAGUAUGGAAGUUACGUUCCCCUUAACCCUAUGACUGUCGUUUAGUAAAGUGUUCAUAUAUGGGAGUUAAGAUUACCUUAACGCUAAGACUGUUGUAAGUAGAGUGUGUUUACGUAUGGGAGUUACGAUCACCUUAGCAGUAUGACAGUCGUAAGUAGAGUGUUCACGUAUGGGAGUUAUGAUCACCUUAAUGCUAGAACUGUCGUAAGUAGAGUGUCCACGUAUUGGAGUUACGAUCACCUUAAUGCUAAGACUGUUGUAAGUAGAGUGUUCACGUAUGGGAGUUACGGUCACCUUAACUCAACGACAGUCGUAAGUAGAGUGUUCAUGUGUGGGAGUUAUGAUCACCUUAACGCUAAGACUUUCGUAAGUAGAAUGUUCACGUAUGGCAUUUCCGAUCACCUUAGCACUACGACAGUUGUAAGUAGAGUGUUCACGUAUGGGAGUUAUGAUCACCUUAACACUAAGACUGUCAUAAGUAGAGUGUUCAUGUAUGGCAUUUACGAUCACCUUAGUGCUACGACAGUCGUAAGUAGAGUGUCCACGUAUGGGAGUUACGAUCACCUUAAUGCUAAGACUGUCAUAAUUAGAGUGUUCACGUAUGGCAUUUACGAUCACCUUAACUCAACGACAGUCGUAAGUAGAGUGUUCACAUAUGGGAGUUACGAUCACGUUAUUGCUAAGACUGUCGUAAGUAGAAUGUUAACGUAUGGCAUUUACGAUCACCUUAGUGCUACGACAGUCGUAAGUAGAGUGUUCACGUAUGGGAGUUACUAUCACCUUAACGCUAGAACUGUCAUAAGUAGAGUGUUCAUGUAUGGCAUUUACGAUCACCUUAGUGCUACGACAGUCGUAAGUAGAGUGUUCACGUAUGGGAGUUACUAUCACCUUAACGCUAAGACUGUCAUAAGUAGAGUGUUCACGUAUGGGAGUUACUAUCACCUUAACGCUAAGACUGUCAUAAGUAGAGUGUUCACGUAUGAGAGGUACAAUCACCUUAACACUAAGACUGUCGUAAAUAGAAUGUUCAGGUAUGGCAUUUACAAUCACCUGAGCGCUACGACAGUCGUAAGUAGAGUGUUCACAUAGGGGAGUUACGAUCACCUUAAUGGUCACUCUGUCGUAAGUAGAAUGUGCAAGAAUGGGAGUUACAAUCACCUUAGUGCUAUGAUGGCUUUGUGAAAAAGGGCCGAGAACUAAUAGUUUACUAUAAUCAGUUUGUCCCAAGUGAUAUGUAAAAGAGUUUACCCUUAAGUAUGAUGUGUAAUUCUAAAUUGAAGAUGUCACAGUGCUCUUUUGAUAAUCAUUUCAAAUUAAAAAUGACAUGGAUACAUUUCCAAAUGUUUAAAUUGUUCCCCAAAUUUAGAUAUGGUCAGUUUUAAAUCAAUUGCUGCAUGCUGUUAGAGGUUUAUUGUCAUUGCCUGAUCAUUGUUAUAGUAAUCAGGAUGAGUGUUACUAGAAGGGCCAAAUUAAGUUGCUGUAAUUUGGUAAUGUCAUUUUCAUAGACUCUAUUUUACCUAGAAAAUAUUUCACUUUAUUUCACAUAUUUUUGAGACAUUGCCACAAGCUUCUGAAACAUUCUGUCAUCUGCCAUAAUGUCCAUAUGUGUUCAGUAGGUUUCAUGUGCUCCAUGUUUUAAACAUUUACCUUUAUUUACAAGAGACUGCUUCUGUUCUGCUUAACACAAAACCCGUAACUUGCGCUCCAUGAAUGUAAUAAUAGAAAGAAAAGAUGAAUGAGUGAGUGUUGUUCUCAAAGUCUCUCCAUGUAUCUGGGCUCCGUCCUCGUGAAGAUACGGGUUAGAAUUGGUCUUCAGCCCCCUUGCUUGUAUUGGGAGGCAACUAAGGCUUAAUAAAAUAAAAGAAUUGGUUCUCAGGCAAUGUUUUUUGAAAAUAUAGUGCGGGUGGUAAACCGUUGUGUAACCAAAUAAAAAGUCAUGUACAAUCAACCUGGGAAAGGGCCACCCCAAAUAAAUGUAUUCCUUGAUGAGUAAAAUAGUGGAAUACAGAAUUUGACUAGUGUUGGAUUUGGAAUAUUUAAGGAUUUUUAGUUUUUAAAAAAAAAAGGAAAUAAAAACGAAACAUGCGGCGGAGUUUGUGAUGAUGCGGGCGGUGUCUGAGAACCGAGAUUAUUUUCAGUUUUUAGCAUCUCAGGAUCGGGUGGUCAGUCUUGCUGACUUGGUUGAUGCAUGUCAUUGUACAAAUUGUGUAGAUUGAUGUCAAUGACUGGAUUGUCUGGCCCAGACCUGAUUAUUAACACACCGUUGUCAUAUAGCAGGAAUAUUGCUGAGUGCCGCGUUAAACAACAAACAAACAAACAAAACAAAAAAUCUUAUAUACAUUGGUUGCUGGUUCAAAUUCCAGAUUUGCCUCCAUUACGAUCCUUGGUCUGGCAGCACAAUACCUGCACAAUACCUGCACCAUAUCUACACAAUACCUGCACAAUACCUGCACAAUACCUGCACAAUACCUGCACAAUACCUGCACCAUACCUACACCAUACCUGCACAAUACCUGCACAAUACCUGCACCAUACCUACACAAUACCUGCACAAUACCUGCACAAUACCUACACAAUACCUGCAUCAUACUUACACAAUACCUACACAAUACCUGCACCAUACCUGCACAAUACCUAUACCUGCACAAUACCUACACAAUACCUUCACCAUACCUGCACCAUACCUACACAAUACCUGCACCAUACCUGCACCAUACCUGCACCAUACCUACACAAUACCUGCACCAUACCUGCACAAUACCUGCACCAUACCUACACAAUACCUGCACAAUACCUACACAAUAUCUACACAAUACCUACACAAUAUCUACACAAUAUCUACACAAUACCUACACAAUACCUGCACUGUACCUGCACAAUACCUGCACAAUACCUGCACAAUACCUUCACCAUACCUGCACACACAAUACCUUCACCAUACCUGCACCAUACCUACACAAUACCUGCACCAUACCUGCACAAUACCUGCACCAUACCUGCACAAUACCUGCACCAUACCUACACAAUACCUGCACAAUACCUACACAAUAUCUACACAAUACCUACACAAUAUCUACACAAUAUCUACACAAUACCUACACAAUACCUGCACAAUACCUACACAAUAUUUGCACAAUACCUGCACAAUACCUACACAAAACCUACACCAUACCUGCACCAUACCUACACAAAACCUAAACCAUACCUGCACCAUACCUGCACAAUACCUGCACCAUACCUGCACAAUACCUGCACAAUACCUACAUAAUACCUGCACAGUACCUACAUAAUACCUGCACAAUACCUGCACUCUUAGGUUUCACCCAAGUUGUAACCAUCGACAACCUGCACCACUUGGGCUUUCCUCCCAGGCCAGACUGGUGUGCCAGGAGAUGACUGAAGUCCCGGUAUAAGCCAAACUUCUUAUCUCAAAUAGCAUCUAGACCCAGGAACGGCCAAAUAAAUGUUUGGCUGACAUGUAAACAUUGUCACAACUGAAGAGAAAAGUAACAUUUUAUGUACCAAACAAACAUCGUCAAUUCUAGUUUUGUAUGCAGUUUAUUCCUCCAAUACAUUGUGUAUACAAAACGUGUGAAGUACAGAUGAUGGCACACAGAUUCAGCACCAAGCUUGCUGUCUUUAAACAUCCAUCUGGAUCAUUAUGUUGUCAAUGCUUUCAACGCUAAGUCCAACAACAACAAAUUAUUGGCAUCAGUGUCAAAAAAGGGGCAAUAAAACAGGGAACACGAUCUUCACAUGAACAUCUUGGCUGGGAGAAUCAAUAAAACAUGGGCCACAUGCUACACACAUUGUGCAUGUCAAUCUGUACAAACAUGAGCUGGUAGAAGGGCGGUAGAACUUGUUUAUAUCCUGAUGAUGUAUAACAAGGUUAUAGUUCCAUGCCAAGUUUUGUUGUUCUUUUCAACAGUGGAUAAUUUCAGAAACAUGUUGCUUUGAGUCUGCUUUAAGUUUUGAGUGAGUGAGUGUGUUGUGUUUAACGCCCCUUUUAACAGUAUUCCAGUUAUAUCACAAUGUGUCAGUUUAAUGUGGGAGGAAAGCCUGAAGUGAUGCAGGUCUUAGACGUUUACCACUUCGGUGAAACGCACGAGCACGGGUAUGGUGCUGACAAACCUAGAAACAUAAUUGGGGCGAACCAGGAUUCGAACCCACAAUCAUAGGUUUCUGGCGUGCCUAAAAGACGCAACUCUGCACAGCGAAUCGUGGUGCCUUAGACGACUGGGCCACUCGUGCCCCCCACACUGAUAUGAUUCAAGUUCUUAAAUUGGAUGGCAAGACAAAUUACGUGGUAUACCGGAUGCCUAGAUGCAUGGGGUUGGUACUUUCAUUCAGCAUAUGUUUUUUGUUUCUUUAAAGUAACACUGAACUUUGAAACAAUUAAAGUCUGUUUUGACUUAGUUGUGAUGCUUUCUGAAUCAGCGUGUUAUGAAUGGAAUGUUAUCAAGAAUUGUAUUGUUACAUAAUACUGACAGUAUUGUUUUUCAGGGUGGUUAUAUUUUUAAGUGUGAUACUGAAUUGACCAUUAUAUUUUUCAUCAUGGAUUUUACUUUGUUGAACUGAUUGUUAAACUGUAGUCAAAGGAAGUCUUCCAGGCUUGGACUGUGAUAGUUAUGGCCCGAGACUUAUUGAUGAGAAGAGUUGCGAUGCAAGAUGUUGAUGUGUCAUAAUAUUGUCCACGUCACGUUUUCCCUAACCUUGUACAUCACACAUUCUUAACAAUGACGCUGCUAAUAAAAAUAUUCAAUGUA